ACCAAAUUCCUAAUACAUUGAAUGAAUGGAGUGGAAAAGGUUGAAAAGAAGUUAUAAAUGUAUGGAGAAAAAAAAUGUCUGACUUCAAAGAAAGCGUUUGAUUAGUGUGAACACGUAUUGUACAAGGGAAAGUUUUCAGGGUAAUAUAAGUGCAGGGUCAGAUAUAAGAGACAGAGAGAAGACUGAUGACGAGGCAGAUUUUGUGUGGCUGAUAAGCUCUGUUCCUGCAGUAAGGUGUCAGGAAGGGGAUUCAGGAUUGAUAUAAGGCUGAGUAACGGUGUGGGGGAAAAGGAAGAGGAGCAGCGCUACACUGCGCAUGGCUUCACCGCAACCAACCGACAUUCUGCUCACGCUCGAGGCGACCCGGUUCUCUUCUUUCUGCUCUCGCUGCUUUCUUUGUGUUACCUUUUUUUUGAACAGCGUGUGACUGCGAGCGUAUAUAAUCCUGUAGUGAGCAUUCCGGUUUCCAUCAAUGUGAACUCGAUGUCUUAGGUGGAAAAGAGAUCGCCGGGGAUUAAGCGCGUGACGGUGCGGACACCAAGGACACCGAUUGAGUAGCGCCAUUAAACCAACUAAUGCUGGAUGAAUUGAAAAAUCGAGAGAAAUCACCCCACAUCGUCUUCUGCCCUUUUGAUGGAUGUAUAUCGAGGUAUCCGAGCGAGUUGAAAUAAUCGAGCCGCACUUGACUCGUGCUCCGAGCAUCCGCUCGACUGUCUCUCCUUUUCUUUCCGAGCCAAAAAUAGAUGAUGAAUUAUGCACAAGCUCAUAAUGAAUAAAAGACGAUCUGAUUGUGCAUCUGUUUAAUGCACAUACACCGAAUGACCGAGUUUUAUGUGGACAGUUCCUGGUCAGGACAUGAGGAGCUACAGAACAUAGACGGGAUCCCAGGAGAACCUUCUUGCUUCUCGUUUUCACACUGCGACAUGUGACUGAAAACUUCCAGACCUCAACAGAAUUAACUUCACACUGAUAAGGACCAGUCUCUGCUCUGAAGAGAUAAAACAUUAACCUCUUUUUUUCUUUUUUAUAGUCUGUCUUGAACCAAAAGGAACAGCUUGAGGUAGAAGAUUUCAGUUUCAUUGCAUAAAGUGAGAAUUAAUUGCACUUAAGAUUUUUUUUUUUUUGGCCAGGUAUAGAUCCUAUGUUGCACACAAACAAUCUGCUUUCAAUGGACUAGAAUUGUGUCCGAGUGACAUUUCUGCUGAAUUAUUUACCUGCCACCUUGUUUCACUCGAGUAAGAAGGUGAAGUAAGCAAUGGACUUGAAUUGAGUUGCUGCUAAAACUGACCAAUUUUGUGAAUAUGAUUCAUAAAACAUGCACAUGAAGAACAUGAACAAGAUGGAGGACAAGAACAAGACACAAACUACUGUGAAGUGCUGUAUCGAACCAGUCAACUAGUAAGUCCGAGACACGACGUUCAGCCAUGUGGUCGCUACCUCUCCUUCGUAACACUGAUGUUCCACAACGAGUGACGGAGAGCUUCAUUUUGUCAGGUUACCGCUUCCCUGACUACAGCCUCCUACAGUGCCUGGCCUCUGCAUUCCGGCCCACCAAUGAGACCGGAAACUUCUGGACUCACUUCCUCCCGAUUUUUAUCUUUGCCUUUCACUUCAUGGAGAUAUUUGAGUGGGAAGGUGCCCCUGCUCCUGGAGAGCCCUUCUUUUACCCAGCCUGGACCUAUUUCUUUGGGGUUUUCUAUCUGUUGCUGGCCAGCAGUAUGGCUCAUCUGCUCAACUCCAUGUCACUGAUUGUCAGAGAGAUCUGCUUCUUUGUGGAUUACGGAACCAUCAGUGCUUAUACCGUUGGCUCCUCUUUGGCUUACUACUACUACAUCCACCCACAGGCAGGGAUACCAAAGUUUGGGAUUGGGACAAAUAAUGUGUCAGAGAAACAGCCAGAGAGGAAAGAGGAGCCUAUCUCAGCUUCAUCUUCCAACUCUUUUUUCUCUCUCCUGCAUUUCCCAUUUUUUGAUAGUUUAUAUAUCCCCUGUUCCUGCCUGGUGGCCAUCAUCUGUGUCUUAACUUGUUGCAAUACCAGACAGCAUUGGAGGAAGUACCGCUAUGCUGUACGUACCCUUGUGUUCCUUCUGCCCUUCUUCAUUUCGUCCACACCGAUUUUCUACCGGCUCCUCAACUCAUCAUAUCCACCCUCCUCUCAAACGCCUUCUUCUUAUCCAUCAUCUACAAUGGCCACUUUUUUCUAUCGCCACUGCUUUUGGCUGGUGGUGUCUGCAGCCUUUAACGUUAGCAAGAUCCCAGAACGCUUUUCUCCAGGAAAGUUUGACAUCUGGGGGCACAGUCACCAGUGGUUCCACUGCUGCACCUUCCUCUCCAUCCUGGAUGAGCUCCAUAUGAUCAAGGCAGAGAUUCGCGCCCUGCUGCUUCACCCUACUUUGGUCAUAGCACCGACCACAAAUCUCCUGAUUUCUGGACCGACCAUCUGCUCAACCUUUGGGCUAAUGUUGCUUCUACAGGGGUGUAUAGCUACUAUUAUUGUGUGGUUUGGGUGGUGUGCAUACCAGACUUAUGGUCCUGUGCAGAAAGGCCUGAAGGCACACUGAGUGGAACCAUAGCCAGAGGCACAUAUAUAUUUUGGGUAAACAGAUUUAUUGAUUUUGCUGACAGUAACAAUGAGUCAAUCACACAGGACAAGUUUGAUUUAUUUAGCUAUUUCUCAGUCUGGGAUUCUACAAUCAAAGCAACUAGUUAUAAUUUUAUAUAAAUUUUGGGGUGGUGUGGCUAUUUUUUUUUUGUCUGUUUAAGGUUACCAUACAGAAGUACCUUAAAGAGUGUUCAAGAAUAAGCCAAUAAUUAAUUCCUAUGGGGAUUCACUAGCACAAACAAGCAUGUAAGGCUUUCCGAAUCUCCUGCAGGGACUUGCUUAUACUUUUUCUGGUAUUUCUUACAAACACAUUCACACGCACACAUACCCACUUCCUCCAACGUGUAAACAGGAAGUGAAGGAACUGAACAGCCACAACAGAUGCAAAAUUUUAUUGUACACACUUUUUACCCCAGAUCUCAAAGCAUCUAUAAUUUCAGUCUGAAAUCUCUGCAACUGAAAGCUUAUUAACAUGAAACUAAUAUAUUUACAUUUUCUACAUGUUCUAGUAAGUUAUACAAAAAAAAAUCGUGCUACUGGAUAAGCAUAAAAAUGAAAUCUUUGCUUAUAUAAUACUGGAACCUAUGCAUGGCUUUAUGUGCAUUGUUUAUACUGAGGAAAAAAGGGAUGUGAUAAGUUUCUAAGUUCAAUAUCAGAUGAUGAUGAUGAUGAAGCAGAAGCCAUAAUAUUGUUUCUUAGACAUAUCAACAUGAUUUUUAGCAGGGUUUCCCAUUAGUGAGCUGAAUUUGCACAUUUAACCAGCUGCUUUUAGAAAGUGGUGCAUUAAAGGGCAUUUCAGUGACUGAGUGCUUUGCCUGUUGUUUACUUAAUUACUAUUACCAUGAUUAAUGUUACCUUUUUACCUUGUAGACAUCAAACCUCCGCCCUUCUUUCCAUCACUUACUUUUUGCAGCUGGUUAUUAAUAUUACUUGAACCUAAAAGAAAGCGUAAAAUAUACCACUGUGACAAUUAAGUGCUUAGAUGUCAGUGCUAGACUUGUUGCAGCCUGUGUAAAGUAUUAAUUCCAGUGCAAGAUUGCACACCUAAAAUCAGAUUCCCUUCUUACACGCUUCUGUGUGUCAGUACAUGUAUGUAGGGAAGAAAAAAUCUCUUCAAUGUUAAUGCUUCCUGAAUGCAGGUUUUGGUGCGUAUAACAGUUACUGCACGUUACUCAGCAUUCUGUCAUAAAUCUGUCUUUAACAGUCUAAUGUAAUCUAAUGCUAUGUUAUGUCUGGCUAAAACAUCAAUGAUAGCUUUAUGGCAGACUGUAAAGAGUAGCCCUGCCAUUAGCUGUUACAGUGAGUAAAUUUUGCACAAUUUAAAAGA